GAGGGGCUUCUUGUCUCCUGGCAGAGCGGGGUCCCGGCACCGCGGCGCUCGGGUUUUGUUUGGGUCCUGGCUGGAGGGCCCGGGUGCCGGGGCCCGAGGGGGCGCCUCGCUACCGGGAGAGGGCGCGGGACCAGCGGCCCGGAGAGAGCUCUCAGGGCCAGAGCGGGCCAGGAGGAUGCUUUCCCAGCCCCAGCAUGGAGCUGCGCUGUGGGGGAUUGCUGUUCAGUUCUCGCUUUGAUUCGGGGAACCUAGCCCACGUGGAGAAGGUGGAAUCUGGGGCUAGUGAUGGGGAAGGGUUGGCAGCCCCCUCCAGCAGCCUUGCUUCUUCCCCUGACUAUGAGUUCAACGUGUGGACCCGGCCAGAUUGUGCUGAAACGGAGUUUGAGAACGGGAACAGGUCAUGGUUCUACUUCAGUGUCCGGGGAGGAAUCCCUGGGAAGCUCAUCAAGAUCAACAUCAUGAACAUGAACAAGCAGAGCAAGCUGUACUCCCAGGGCAUGGCCCCUUUCGUGCGCACGCUGCCCACACGGCCACGCUGGGAGCGUGUUCGAGACCGGCCCACCUUUGAGAUGACAGAGACACAGUUUGUGUUGUCCUUUGUUCACCGUUUCGUGGAGGGCCGAGGGGCCACCACCUUCUUCGCCUUCUGCUACCCCUUCUCCUACAGUGACUGCCAGGAUUUGCUAAGCCAGCUAGACCAGCGCUUUCUGGAGAACCACCCUAUCCACAGCAGCUCCCAGGAUGCCAUCUAUUACCACCGGGAGAUCCUGUGCUACUCUCUGGAUGGACUUCGUGUGGAUCUGCUGACCAUCAGUUCCUGCCAUGGGCUUCAGGAAGACCGAGAGCCCCGGCUAGAGCAGCUGUUUCCUGACAUAGGCACCCCGCGCCCGUUCUGUUUCACAGGCAAGAGGAUAUUCUUCCUAAGCAGUAGGGUGCACCCUGGAGAGACGCCAUCAAGCUUUGUCUUCAAUGGCUUUCUGAACUUCAUCCUUCGACCUGAUGACCCCCGGGCCCAAACCCUGCGUCGCCUCUUUGUGUUUAAGCUGAUUCCCAUGUUGAACCCUGACGGUGUGGUCCGGGGCCACUACCGCACAGACUCCCGCGGAGUGAACCUGAACCGGCAGUACCUGAAGCCCGACGUGGCACUGCACCCCGCCAUCUACGGGGCCAAGGCGGUGCUACUCUACCACCACGUGCACUCCCGCCUCAACUCCCAGAGUGCCUCUGAGCACCGGCACAGCCCCCAGCUCCCUCCUGAGGCCCCCCCUGUGGACCCUGAGAAAGGCAGCCAUCUCCAGAAUGAGGCCGACCUUGAGCACUCAUCUGAAGGGGACAACCCCAACGCUUGGCUCCAGAGUGAGCCCGGGGAGCAGAAGGCCGCCAGCGUGUGGAUGAUGCCUCAGCAGCCUGCCGAGGCGGAGCAGCCGACCCCCGACGCCAUCCCCCCCAAAGAGAGCGGCGUCGCUUACUACGUGGACCUGCAUGGACAUGCUUCCAAGCGGGGCUGCUUCAUGUACGGAAAUAGCUUUAGUGACGAGAGCACCCAGGUGGAGAAUAUGCUGUAUCCAAAGCUCAUCUCCUUAAACUCAGCCCACUUCGACUUCCAGGGCUGCAAUUUCUCAGAGAAGAACAUGUAUGCCCGAGACCGCCGAGACGGCCAGUCUAAGGAGGGCAGCGGCCGGGUUGCAAUCCACAAAGCCUCAGGGAUAAUCCACAGCUACACACUUGAAUGCAACUACAACACCGGGCGCUCAGUGAACAGCAUCCCUGCUGCCUGCCAUGACAACGGGCGUGCCAGCCCUCCGCCUCCACCUGCCUUCCCCUCCAGAUACACCGUGGAGCUGUUUGAGCAGGUGGGCCGGGCGAUGGCCAUUGCAGCCUUGGACAUGGCCGAAUGCAACCCGUGGCCCCGAAUUGUGUUGUCGGAGCACAGCAGCCUCACGAACCUCCGGGCCUGGAUGCUGAGACACGUGCGCAACAGCCGAGGCCUGAGCAGCACUGUGAACGUGGGUGUCUGCAAGAAGAGGGGCUCUCGGACGCCACCCAAAAGCAACAAUGGGUUGCCCGUUUCCUGCUCUGAAAAUACCCUGAGCCGCAUGCGAAGUUUCAGCACUGGCACAAGCACUGGCACAAGCACUGGCACAAGCACUGGCGGUAGCAGCAGCAGCCAACAGAACUCUCCACAGAUGAAGAACUCCCCCAGCUUCCCUUUUCACAGCAGUCGGCCUACAGGGCUGCCAGGCCUGGGCUCUAGCACCCAAAAGGUCAGCCACCGGGUGCUGGGCCCUGUCAGAGAGCCCCGAAGCCAGGACCGGAGAAGGCGGCAGCAGCCACUGACCCAGCGACCCACGUCCAGCAGCCUGGCCCCGCCCCCAGCUCCUGCUAACUCUGGUGCAGCUUCCUCACGCAAUGUGGGCUCCUGCCUGCUGCCCAGCUCACUCAACAUAUCAGGGAACAGCUGCUCAUUCCUGUCCUCGGGGGACAAGCCAGAGGCUGUCAUGGUGAUUGGGAAAGGUCUACUGGGGACAGGACCUCGGAUCCCCUGCAUCCGGACCCGACUGCAGGCUAGGCCCAGGUUGGGCCGGGGCUCACCGCCGCCUCGCAGAGGGAUGAGAGGCUCUUCAGGCCCCACAUCCCCUGCCCCCAGGAUCAAGGAGAGCCGUGGGCUGGAGCCGGGACCCCGCUGUGCAGCAGGGCUGCCUCAGGCCAGGCCCCCUCGGCCCCGUUCUGCCCCUGCCCUCUCUCCUCUCUCCCAUAGUCUCUCUGACUCCCAGUCUCGGACUUGUUACAGCGGGGGGCCCCUGGGCCAGUCUGAGGUUGGUUUUGUGCCUCUGUCUCCUCCACUUACUGUUUCUCCCCGGGUCUGAGACCUUCACCUUCAUGCCUGAGAAACAGCCCCAAGCCGGGGAACACAGCCAGCAGGGUGCUAGUCUCCCCAGCCGCCCUGCGACUCCAUGUGGCAGCAAGAGCGCCCUGGACUGCCAGCCACGCCAUUCUGAGGCAUCGCAGAGCGUCGCCCUGGGAAAGGACAAAGCUGGGGCCUGCCACCCCUCCCCUCCCUCCACAGCACAAGACUUUGGGACCACAAAAAUAUAUAUCUAUAUUUUUAUAUUGGGGGGAGUAGAAAAGAAAGCAGCCCCUAUCGUGGGCCCUACUCAGUGGCAGCUUCUUGUUCCAUAGGUUUAAGGAAGACAUUGAGGAAAUAAAAGUUGUUUGGAAAAAUCCAGGUGUAGUUGCUUUGUUUGCUGUGAUUGGUAGAAGAGAUGAAGUGAAGUGUGAGGGCCCCUCACACCCUCCAUCUUGCCUCAGAC